ACGCCUUUCCACCUAUAUCGUGGUAUACUCAGAAAAUUCUACUUUUUUUCUUUUCAGGACUACAUUUCUGCUGGUGCCAUAGUUAGAGAAGACUUGUCGGAUGCCCAACUAAUCAUAUCUGUUAAGCAGGUGCCUAUUGAUCAGCUGAUACCCAACAAGACCUACGCUUUUUUCUCGCACACUAUUAAAGCUCAACAGGACAACAUGGAAAUGUUGGACACCAUUUUGCAAAGGAAAAUUCGCCUGAUAGAUUAUGAAAAAAUCGUGGACAGGAAGGGCAAACGUUUGGUUAUGUUUGGAAAAUGGGCUGGAAAUGCAGGUUUCAUUGACAUUCUGCACGGUCUUGGAUUGAGAUUGCUAGCACUUGGUCAUCACACGCCAUUCUUACACGUUGGUCUCGCCCAUAAUUACAGUGAUUCUCAUAUGGCUAUCAACGCCCUCCGCGAUAUCGGCUAUGAAAUCGCGCUCGAUAAAAUGCCAAGGUGGGUGAACUUCCAUGAGUGA